AAAUGCUACUCAUUUUAUAUCUUAUCUUUGUUUGAUGAUCUUGAUUAUUUUUGAUGAUAUUAAUAUUUUUGUAUCGUACCUGAUACAGAAUUAUUUGCAUUUGCUUAUCAUUCUGACACAUCAAUGACACAUCUUUAUUGAGAAAAAUGCCAACUAUCAAGUGUGGCCAAUAUUAGGCAGACCUACAUCGGAUUAGCAUCGUGGCGCGUUUCGCAAUUUCUAUGUAUGUCAAGGUAAGAAGAGAAGAAACGACGCGAUUGAUCGUGUGGAAAAGCACUAGUUUUCCCGUAAAAUAAUCGUAAAAACACUCCUCUUCGCGGACGGAAGAGCGAAUCUCUCUUCCCCCUUGAUCGUGCAUCUGAAAGCACGAGAAGUCGAAGAGGCUUGAUCGAAAGUUUGGCGCGUUCCGAAUAAGCGCCGAGAGAAAAUUUACGUAAUACCACCGGUGGUGAUCCCUCUCCAUCUUCUGUUUCGCCCUCCGUCUUUUUCCUCUUCUUCCCACCUGUACAUCUCGCUCUUUGUCUUUCUCUAUUUCUGUUUCGCGUCCGUCCCUCUUUCGUUUGCGAUCGCGCGUACCAAGUUACGCUAAUCGUGCCUCUCUUCGUCGCUCCGUUUUCUGAUCGCUUUCGGAGAGUCGCCUCUCGAGAGAGGAGGAUGAAUCGUUCUCGUCGGAGCGAGCUCACCACCGCUCCCUGAUAUUUUUAGUGCGACGAGAGAGUAUUUGGCGGGGCGCAGCGAGUUCGUCUCCUUCUCGUCGUCGUCGUCGUUCGUCGUCGUCGUCGUCGUCGUCGCCAUCAUCAUCGUCAUCGUCGUCUUCCUGACCGUCGUCGUGGUCGCAGUUUGGUUGCCUUCCUUCGGCGUGUCGUUCUCUCGCGCGAAUCGGCGUCUUCUCGCCUAUCCCAUAGAGUGAUGUAUCUGUGUAGAGAAUCGUUUCGUCAGCCUCGGUGGUGUUUUCGAGCGGCUGUCGCAGCUGCUCUUCUCGGACGAUUCAACCAAAGUUUGCGCUGAGUUCGCUCGUGGAGAUCCAGAGACGAUCUUUUCGAGUGUAAGGUUCGCAAGACUUCAGUCGUAAUUCGCAACUGUUAUAAAUGUUCAUAUUCGCACCGCGCGACAACAUGUCGACCUCCCGACAGGGCUCACGGCGAAAUCGCUACGCGCGCUCGUCCACCACGACGAGCGUGACGCAGAUGCUGAGCGACUCCUGCACGAGUCUUCUCCAAAAACUGACCACCCGAGUGCGCGGCACAUCUACGCUCAACGAUCGCGCUAGAUCGCCCCACAUCAGCCGAUUGGGUAGCACGCGGAACCGCUUGGAGGACAAGUACAACACGAUUCUGGAGAGGUAUUCCGGCAAGAGACCAGCUGACGAUUCGGAGCAGAACGCACGCGAUUAUUCGCGGAAGGACCGAGAUCACAGCUAUUAUCGUCGGGACGACAGUCCGUUCGUACGCGACGACAAGACCCUGGAGCCCUCGAUGAGCCGCACCAUCGUCAAAAGUUCUACCAGCGUGCUUCUCAGCGAAAAGGCUUAUCCCUACGUGAGUUCCGCGAUCAGCAGAGAGCCCAGGCGAGAAAAGACACCUGCCUACGGUCGUGUGGAUCGUACGCAGGUCCUGCUCAACUCGGAAGCUUAUCGUCGCUAUGGCAGACACAAGUCUGGACACACGGAAACGCACAGUCGGAAGGUCAGACCGCAUCGAAACGGUAAGAGCGAACAGCUGGAUAUUCACUCAACGUCUCUGAAAUUAUCCCGACCGAUCAAGAUCGAGUCGUUCGUGGACGUUGGGGAAGUUGCGGUGGAUCCGGACAGAACGCCGAUCGCCAACAGCAACGCGGAGAACAACGAGAGCGUUGCCAGAAAUGCCGCGUUGACGACGGAGGACGAUCCAACGAUCUCGGAUAGAGUGGCCAAGCGAAAGGAGAUCCAGAGUCUGAUCCUGAAGUACGCCGCGAUGGAGGAUACCUACACUCAAUUGGCAUCCGCUGGACAAACGGCGAACGUGUGUCCCAGCACGACGGAGCUCAUCGCCAGCAAGUACAGGAAGAGCAAUCAUUGUAACAAUCAGAAGGACCACGCGUCCAAGAACGCGAUAGCGUCGAACGCGAUUAGCGAGGUGGACGCGAUCAGCCCACGACCGCCCUCCGUCGAGGACGACGAAGACGGCCACCUUGUAUACCAAUCCGGCGACAUCCUGGCAAAUAGAUAUAAAGUACUGGCCACCCUAGGAGAGGGUACUUUUGGAAAAGUUGUCAAGGUUAAGGACUUGCAAAUGGAUCACGUGAUGGCUCUAAAGAUCAUUAAGAACGUGGAGAAGUACAGAGAGGCGGCAAAGUUGGAGAUAAACGCCCUUGAGAAGAUUGCCGUCAAGGAUCCGGAAGGCCAACACCUGUGCGUAAAGAUGCUCGACUGGUUCAAUUACCACGGACAUAUGUGCAUCGCGUUCGAAAUGCUGGGUCUGAGCGUUUUCGACUUUUUGAGGGACAACAGCUAUCAACCGUAUCCAUUGGAGCACGUUAGGCACAUGGGUUAUCAGCUCUGUUACGCCGUCAAGUUUUUGCACGACAACAAACUUACGCACACGGAUCUCAAGCCUGAGAAUAUCCUAUUCGUCGACUCGGAUUACGAGAGUUCAUAUAAUAGUAAAAAGCGGAGAGACACGAGACGCGUGAAACGAACCGACAUCAGGCUCAUCGAUUUUGGUAGCGCUACCUUCGAUCAUGAACACCAUAGUACGAUUGUAAGCACGAGACAUUACAGAGCACCUGAAGUAAUUCUAGAAUUGGGUUGGUCUCAACCGUGUGACGUCUGGUCCAUUGGCUGCAUCUUGUUCGAGUUAUACCUGGGCAUUACGUUAUUUCAGACGCACGAUAAUCGCGAGCAUUUGGCGAUGAUGGAACGCAUACUCGGCGUGAUACCGAGUCGCAUGGCUCGCAAGACCAAAACUAAGUACUUUUAUCAUGGCAAAUUGGAUUGGGACGACAAGAGCUCGGCCGGUAGAUACGUUCGAGAUAACUGCAAACCAUUGCACCGUUACAUGCUGUCCGACGACGAGGAGCAUCGCCAUUUAUUCAAUCUUAUUCAGAAAAUGCUUGAGUACGAACCUUCGCAGCGCCUCACUCUGAAGGAUGCAUUGACGCAUCCAUUUUUCGACGCUCUACCGGCUUCUCAGAGAUUGCCCGAUCCACGGGCAGCCGGUGACUCUCAACAGUCCCACGAACGAUCACACUCACUCUCUCGAUGAAGUUAGGAAAGGGACCGACCUCCGUGCUGGACAGACACUCCGCUUUCAACGACACUACUGCCCUACGUCUUUGUUUUGGUAUCAUUAGUUUUCAUGAAAACAUGUCUCUUUCGUAGCAACGAAACCCGAUGACGUGAAACGAGUCGCGAGCAAAAUUGAACUUGCUAAAGGCUAAAUAGCGUGCAUGUGUGUGUGUGUGUGUGUGCGCGCGUGUAUGCAUGCGUGCAUGUAUAGAUACCGAUCAUUGGGUUUUUCACAGUUUUGGAUUCCCGCACUCGAUGUAACUUGAAUCUAUAUGUAGGGAAGACGGUAGUGCCCGGUGAAGCUUGGACUUGAUUAUUCGAGUGCAUUCGACGACGCACGAUCAGAUUACUUUUCGUCGUUGAUGAGUAUCGUUUAUUUCUAUCACGAUUAUCGAUCAUCGAAACGGCGACACGCGGUCCCCGUUACUGGCGCGGAUAGGCCAGUGUGUCUGCUCAGUGUAGCGUAACAGAGUCCCACGAUUGUAAGCAAUUUUUUUAAAUGCUCUUCUGUACAUUUGUGUCCCUUAAAUUUAUUACCAUGUUAAUAUGCGACUAAAAUAACGCAAAGUUUGGAGUUAUCAAAGAUCACCUUUGGGUCCGAAGUUUAUAAUAUAUUAUUCGUUAUAAAUUGACGAUCACGGACGUGUUCUAGCCGUGAGCAACGGACUAUAGCGAUAUAGCAAAGAUAGUUUUACGCGACAGUAAAGUUGAUUGGAAUCGAGAGAAAGCGAACGAGCGAACGAGAGAGGGAGUGUACGAAUAACAAUCACCAAUUUCAUCGUUGUGAAUUACAUGCAUCUUAAAGCAUAGAAAUAUACAUAAUUAUGUCUUAGAGACUAUUCUGUCAACAAUUCUUUUUUUUUGUAUUUGCAUAUGAUGAAAGUCACUUGCAAGUUUCUGAUGAACCAUGAGGAAUUCUUCGCGACAUAUUUGUGCGAUUUAUUAUGUUAUAAUCUUUGGAUUUUCGGCCUAAAAAAACUAAAUUUUAUUAAUUUUUUAAAUAUUUUAUUAUAAUUAUAUUCAAAUGAAAAUUUAUAGUUAAAUCGAAAAACGUAUAUUGUAAAUAUUAUAUAGAAACAUUAAUGUUUCUUGCGCACGCGAAGGUCAUCCCGUUCUCACUUUUUUCGUCACGUUUGAUUUGCACAACUCGUGUCACCCGUAUAAGUUUUUUUGUUUGACCUUAGUUAUACUAUAUCUGCGAAAUGAAGGAUAUUAUAUACUUGCUGCUCGUGUUUAAAUGGGGGAUGUCUACUUCUGCAAAACAAGCGAUAUUCCGAGUAGCAAUAAAUACACUUCUUUCAAACCAG